AUGACUGCUGAACACAUUAUCAACGACAGGUGGAUCUCAAGACCUCCUCAACUCAGAGAACCAAUUGAAGAUAACCUCAAUACAGAACAUCAUUUCUGUGAUCCUGAGAAUGACGCUGAAAUCCGCAAGACUAAAAAAGUUGAAACUCUAAAAACAACUAUUGACGACAAAAGCGAUCAACUUGAGGCAUUUCACAUAACUCAUAGGCUGGAGAGUUUCUCUACUUGGAAAGUUUUGGUUAGAUCCAUAGACAGAUUGAAAGCACUAUCUAGGAGGUAUCACUCUCCGAAGGAUCUUACAGUCUCAAACGACUCACUUUCAUCUGAAGACCUCAUCAUACGCAUGGUCCAGCAGGAGGUUUUCGCGCAGGAGAUUAUGUGCUUGCAAUCACAAAGGCCAUUGCCCAGAAGUAGUAGCCUCACGUCUUUUAACCCAGUUAUUGAUCAAAACGGGUUGCUGCGUGUAGGAGCUGGGGCACUGCAAUCGGCAGGAUUCUGGAUUAUUGGAGAGAAGCGCUUAAUAUCCUCACUGCUACACAAGUGUGUAAAGUACCGUCGACUACGUGGAAAAUACCAGAGUCAACUGAUGUCCGACUUACCAGCAGACCAAAUUCAACCAUGCCCUUCUUUCACCUACAUUGGGUUAGAUACCUUUGGUCCAUGGACAAUUGCGACUCGCAGAACGAGAGGUGGAGUGUCGAACAGCAAGCGAUGGUCCGUACUUUUCACUUGCUUAUACAAAAGAGCCAUUCAUAUAGAAGUGAUUGAAGAACUUUCAUCCUCUUCUUUCAUCAACUGCUUUAGAAGAUUUAUUUCUCUCAGAGGAAAUGUAAAAGAAAUCCGAUCUGAUCGUGGAUCUAAUUUCGUUGGAGCAAUUGAUGAUUUAGACGUCAAGGUUAUAAACGUGGAAGAUAAACCUGUUGGGGAAUUUCUGUUAGACCAGAAGGUGACUUGGAUCUUCAAUCCCCCACAUUCCUCCCACAUGGGUGGAGUGUGGGAGCGUAUGAUUGGGAUUGCUCGUAGGAUACUGGACUCAAUGCUCAUGGACUUGCAUUCAAAACAUCUUACUCAUGAAGUAUUGACAACCCAUAUGGCCGAAGUAUGUGCCAUCGUCAAUUCCAGGCCGACAGUCCCAGUGUCCUCAGAUCCAGAAGCUCCUAUGAUUCUCAGCCCAAACAUGUUGCUGACUCAGAAAACUUACAACAUUCCGACAAAUUUUAUACCAUUCAGCAUCAAGGAUAUGUAUAAAUCCCAGUGGCACUGUUUCCAACAUCUUGCUAAUAUUUUCUGGGAUAUCGCUGGAAAAAGGAAUACCUACAGACACUCCAAAUUAGGCGUAAAUGGCAAAAUAUCUUACCUGAUCUCUGUGUUGGAGACGUUGUUCUUGUGA